GCUCCGGUACUCGGUGAGGUUCCGGAGUCAUCUUAGUACGGAGCCUAACCACGUUACCCAAGUUAACGCUAGAGUCGCUCCUGUCGUUCAAUACUCAAGUUACAUCAUACUACACAGUUCUCGAGGAUCUAAAAUCAAAAAGUAUGGCAUCAACCCUCGAGCGCCGGGCCACCACACCGGUUGUAGGAUGGAUCGGCCUCGGAAGCAUGGGCACUGGAAUGGCGAAGCGGAUCCAGAUGCACCUCUUCGACCAGGGCCAGGGAGCAUUACGAGUCUACAACAGGACGGCGUCACGAUGUAGUCCUUUGGAAGAGAUGAAUGCCCAGAAAUGCGACUCGAUUGGACAAAUCGCGCAGGAAUGCGACAUCCUCUUCCUCUCGUCAAGCGCAGAUACGGCCGUCAUAUCUAUAAUUGACCAGAUAAUUGAGUCUGGCAUUAUCAGGGGCAAGAUAGUCGUUGAUACCACUACAGUCCAUCCGGACACGACAAAAAGCAUCGCUGCAAAAUUGAGCACCGAGGGAGCCGGUUUUGCAGCCAUGCCUGUGUUUGGUGCCUCGCCCGCCGCAGCUGCCGGCACGUUAUUGGCGGCGUUCGCAGGUCCAAAAAAUGUGUUGAGACAAGUUUCGCCCUUCAUGAAGGGCGUCAUCGCACGGGAGGUUCUUGUUGUGGGAACAGUGCCGGAGCAAGCGCUUCUUCUGAAGACGACCAGCAACCUCCUCAUGGCGUCACUGAUGCAGAUCAUUGCCGAGGCGCACGUCUUUGCAUCCAAGACCGGCUUGCCUGCAGAAACGCUCGAGCGCUUGCUCGAGCUCAAUUUUGGGCCGGUAGCUCAUAGCGAUUCCAUAAGAAUGACCACUGGCGUAUACUGUCCGGGACAGGGUCAAGUGCCAUGGUCUGAUCUCAAUCUUGCUAUCAAGGAUGUAGGCCACGCUAUCGAGCUGGCAGAGCGGGAAGGUGCGAAUCUGCCAGCCAGCCGUAUCGCGUACGAAGGACUCGGGAAGGCUAGAGAGUGGGCAAACAACGAGGGGAGGGUUAGUGCAGAUGAGCCACGGCGCUUAGAUUCGACAAGUCUUUUUGGUGUGGCGAGAAAAGAAAGCGGGCUUGAUUUCGAAAGUGACUACGUGAAGGAAAGGGAUGAAAAGGCUCGUGAAGAUCACGAGAACCACGGGUGAUGCUCAAUGAUAUGGUCGAGAUAUGGUGCAACGAUAUGCGAGUACUGCUGAUAACAAUGUGCUCCACAAAUAUGGUCACCAAAUUGGAGGUUGAGAGCUUACAACUUGAUGAGAUCGCUAUGUAUA